AUGAAGGCAUUCUUCUUAUUUGCAAUUUGUCUGCAGUCUUUGGAAGCCAGAGAAGUCUGGUCAAACGAUCCUUCAUUCCCUGCCCAUCGGCUCCAGCGUCGACGUUUUAGCCAAGAGUCCGUCCCAGCCCACCUGUUUAAUAUUAAGAACUGCCCUGGGCAAGUAUGCGGGAACUUAGGCGGUGGCUCCAUAACGCCUCUGCUAGCCUUGAAACCUCCCUGUGACCAACAAGAUUACGCCGACAAGGUUAUUGAUGCUGCUUUGGACAAAACCAAUGGUAUCACCGAUCAGUCGGUUAGGGACCAGCUAAUCAAAGUGGCCAAGCUUUAUCGUGUAGCCGAGAGAAAUACCAAGCCACUCUACUAUCCGCUUCAGGUCGGAAGGUACUCGCUGUACUGCGACAAGGCGCCGAAGCACAAAGAGCUGGACGGCUUGGUUCAAAAGCAGGACCCAACAGCCAACGGCACAAUCUUCUUCGAUCCUUCGAAGAAAGACAUUAACGAUGGUACUGUUUUGCUUGGCAGUCAGGCAAACACCUUUCCUUUUGGCAAAGUACCCAAGGAUUUCAAACCGGGGAAUCCACCUUCAGGAUCCGCAGCUGGUGGAUCAACCCAGCAGAGCACGGACCAAACCAAACCGGACGAUGUUACUACCGACAGCUCGAAACCUGGCGAUCAACAGCACACUGUAGCCUCCAAUGGAGACCAGACCGACCAAACGAAAACCGGCGGCUCCGGAUCCGGAAGUACAGACCCACCAAAGGAGAACAGUUUAGACGGUGGCAAUCAAAAUUCGACAUUGCAGAACAGCCAGGAUCCGAAAAACCAGAACCCUAAUGAAGUGAAAACUACAGAGCCAGACAACGAGAAUGGCGGAACUUGUGGAGGGGACGAUGAGAACAAAGAGGAAUCUACCACCUUGAGUACCGAAGAUCAGCAGAAGCAGCAAAGCGUAGACUCCAAUGGCAAUACCGACACAAAAACUCAGGACCCAACUGUCAGCGCCUCAACUACUGCAACCCAAACAGGCCAGGACCAGAACACCGUCAAGUCCGAUGGUCCCCAAACUACAGGCAGCAGUGGAGGAGAUGAUCUGAGUAGCUCGAGUACUAAUUCAGAGAAAACUGACGACAACUCCGGAAGUGGUAACAAGCCCGACGCGAUCAAAACUACAGCUGCCGACCCCAAUCUCAGUAGCACCAGUACCCAAUCGACCUCAUCAACUGACCCUUCAAACACCGGAAAUCAGGAGCAAAGUGUAGACCCCAAUGGCAAAACCGACACAACUGUCAGCACCUCGACUACUGCAACCCAAACAGGCCAGGACCAGAACACCGUAAAAUCUGAUGGUCCCCAAACUACAGGCGGCAGUGGAGGAGAUGAUCUGAGCAGCUCGAGUACUAAUUCAGAGAAAACUGACGACAACUCCGGAAGUGGUAACAAGCCCGACGCGAUCAAGACUACAGCUGCCGACCCCAACCUCAGUAGCACCAGUACCCAAUCAACCUCAUCAACUGACCCCUCGAACACCGGAAAUCAGGAGCAAAGCGUAAACCCCAAUGGCAAAACCGAAACGAAUACUGGUGGCCCUACUGUGAACAGCUCGACAGAAGGAGGUGGACAGAACACCGUAGCUUCGAGUGGAGACCAAACCACAGUUGGCAGUGGAACAAAUGAUGCCAAGCCCAACGACAUCACAACUACAUCUACCGACCCCACAUCAAUUGGCGGCUCGAAAACCGGAGAUCAGCAGCAGCAAAGCACAGACUCUAAUGGCAAAACCGCGUCUUCCGGUUGUGAGGGUGGCGACGACGACGACGACUUGAAGACUGAAUCUACCGAAAGUUCGCAGCAGAAUGGCAAAACCGACCCUUUGAUAGAUAGUAAUGGAAGCACUACAAAUUCGACCGAAGCUAAACCAACCGAAAACUCGGGCUCGACCGGCACCCCACCAACCACCGCCAAAAUCAUAGCAAGUUCUCCGGACCUUCAAGCUGCUCUGGAUAAAGUUCUUGCCCAAAAGAUCGAUUUAAGCAGUCUUAAGAAAGAAGAAUGCAAGGAUUUCAGAAUCGAAUUUGGUUCCGGGUUUAAGGGUCGCCAAGCAACAGAUUUGGCUUACGAACCUCUCCAACCUAUUUUUCCUCACCCCCCUGCAUUGAACAUGGCAAUCAUUACCCAAUUCAUGUGUGACAGCCUCCACAACAUAUGCGGCGUGCAACAAAGCUCCGCUGAGGAGAGCCUUUUCAAGGAUUGUAAGACACUUUCUGACGGGCUGGGUAAAGUCGUCAAGGACGGCUCAAAGGCCGAUUUAUGGAACUCUGUCUUUCACUACACAACUACUUACGCAACCGAAAAAGCCACCGGUCCAGGCACCGGUGGGAAGGGCGACGGAAAGCGUAGUUUGAGUGGCUCAAAAGCUGGAGAUCAAGCAAACCAGCAGCAAAGCACGGACACCACCAAGGACAAAAGUGACCCUCCGUCAACUGCAAGCGCAGAUGGUAACGGAAACAUCACAACGGCCUCAACCGACACUAAACCGACUGAAAACUCUUCAUCCGGUGGCUCGAACAAAGACGCCGGUACCCCACCAACCAAUACCGGAGCCACAGCAAAUGAUGAACAAUUUCAGAAAGAUCUAGUUAAAAUCAUACCUAACAGGAUCGAUCUAUCCAUCCUCGAAAACAAAAAAUGCACAGAUUUCAGAAUUGAAUUUGGUUCGGCUUUUAAGGGUCGCGAAGCAGGCGAUUUGGCUUACCAACCUUUCCAAUCUUUCUGGGGUCACGGCGCUGCACUGAACAUGAAAAUCAUUAGCCAUGCCAUGUGCGACGGCCUCCACAACUUAUGCGGCGUACAACAAGGCUCUGCUCAGGACAGCCUCUUCAAGGAUUGCAUGGCCCUUUCUGAUGGAAUGGGAAAAGUUGUCAAAGACGGUUCAAAGGCCGAUUUCUGGAAUUGGGCUUUCUUCUACGAAACAUCAUACGGAACCCAAAAGGCCAACGGUGCAGGCACCGGGGGGAAGGGCGACGGACAGAUGCACAAGCCGGAGGGCAGCACUGCCACCACCAACUCCGCCAGCACUGCAAGUACCACGACAGCCAAUGCUAACCCGCAGGUCCAGUCUACGGACCCCUCAAAUCAGAACGGAAGCAGCGGAAACACGGAUCCGAACAUGAACAUGAACAUGAACCAGAAUCAGACUCAGAACAACCAAAACAUGAAUCAGGACAUGCAAAACAUGAAUCAGGGCAUGCAAAACAUGAAUCAGGGCAUGCAAAACAUGAACCAGUAA